AUUGAAGUGUUGUAUUUUGCAAAAAGUGCUGAAAUUACUGGAGUUCGUUCAGAGACCAUUUGUGUGCCACAAGAAAUCAAGGCGUUCCAGCUGUGGAAGGAGUUAGAGACACUGCAUCCUGGGCUGGCUGAUGUUAGAAAUCAGGUAAUAUUUGCUGUUCGUCAAGAGUAUGUCGAGCUUGGAGAUCAGCAACUCCUGCUUCAGCCUGGAGACGAAAUUGCCAUUAUCCCCCCAAUUAGUGGAGGGUAGCACAUCGGAGCCGUCUAGGAAAGAUGUGGAUGAGGUUGAAGAGAAACCCAAGGACAUAAUACAGUUCACUGCUGAGAAGCUGUCAGUGGAUGAGGUCUCACACUUGGUGAUCUCUCCGCUGUGUGGUGCAGUGUCUCUCUUUGUAGGGACUACAAGAAAUAACUUUGAAGGGAAAAAAGUCAUUAGUUUAGAAUAUGAAGCAUACCUACCGAUGGCAGAAAAUGAAAUCAGGAAAAUCUGUAGCGACAUUAGGCAGAAAUGGCCAGUCAGACACAUCGCGGUGUUCCAUCGACUUGGUUUGGUCCCAGUGUCGGAAGCGAGCACAAUCAUUGCGGUGUCCUCGGCUCACAGAGCUGCGUCCCUUGAAGCCGUGAGCUAUGCCAUUGACUCUCUGAAAGCCAAGGUGCCCAUAUGGAAAAAGGAAAUAUAUGAAGAAUCAGCAUCAUCUUGGAAAAGAAACAAAGAAUGCUUCUGGACAGCUGAUGAUUAGUCUCUUAAUUUUUGGUACACUAAGUCUUAAAAGUGGUAUACAAUCUCUUAGGUUACACCAAUGUAGAAAUAGCAGAAUGCGUGAAUGUGUGGGGUGAGGGGCUGCCUAGGAACUAAAGAUGGCAAGAAAUGGCUUACUUCAAAUAUGAGAUAAGGUCUCUGUGCUAGAGAACCCUCCAGUGACUAACUCCUAAUUGUAGCCAGCUUACAAUGAGCUGUGGCCUUCCUUUUACGGUCAGUUGUCCUGGGGAGACUUCUCUGUCUAUUGUUGCCAAGUACGUAUUACAAAAAUUUGGCAGGAUCAGAAAGUCAUUUUCAGUUUUGGUAUUAUAUAUUUUACAUAACUUAAAAGUGAAGCUAAACAAAUCAUGAUUCAAACAGCCUAAAUCCUGUUUAUAGUCAUCGAUAAUACCUAAGGAAUUUUAUAUUGCGGAGAUCGCCAUGAUUUCAAUAUCUAUAGUUAGAGAUAAUACCUAAGGAAUUCUAUAUUACAGAGACCGCUAUGACUUCAGAACCUAUAAUUAUACAAUAAAGCCUUUUAUAUUUAAUUAGUCAUCAGUAUUCUAAUGUUUAUACAAAUUAGCAUAGAAUUGUUGCAAAACUAACUAGCACAAAGUGGUUUGCAUUAAAAUAGUGUCUGAUGUUUAAAAGUUGGUUCACAACUAUUUAGAGAGAUUAUGUAAUUAUUUAUAUUAAAGUAGAAUGGAUAGUUUUCAUAAUGUUUAUGUAACAUUAGCCUGUGCAAAGUUAUUACUAAACAAAUUAAAUUUUUUCUGCAAGACUAUUAUACCAAACAUCUGGUUUUUGAUUGGUCAAGCAAUCAUGACAGGUUUGAACACAAACGUUUCAUAUAAUUUGUCUUAAAUUUUUUGGCUUUAUCGAUAUAUAUUUGACGAGUAAAAUAUAUUUAAGUUCUGUAA